AUGGCGAGGAAGCCCAUCUCGGAUCUGCCCCCCAACCUGACCCUCUACGUGAACAACCUCAACGACAAGAUCAACGUCGAGACCGUGAAGAAGUCGUUGCGAGAGGUUUUUGCUGCGUUUGGAGGAAUCGUCGACAUUGUCGCUAUGAAGUCGCUCAAGCGACGCGGGCAGGCGUGGAUCAUUUUUAGGGAGGUGUCGGCAGCAACCAAUGCGCUGAAGUCUCUCCAGGGCUUCCCCUUCUACAACAAGCCCAUGCGCAUCAACUACGCAAGGUCGAAGUCUGACGCCGUCGCCAAGGUCGACGGCACCUACGUGGAGCGGCCCAAGAAGAUCGUGAAGCGCGAAGACCUCCGCAAGGGCAAGACUGCCGCUGCCGCUCCGGCCGCGGCCCCAGCCGCGGCCCCGGCCGCCGCGAAGCCGGCGGAGUCGGCGCCGCCGGUCUCGCAGAAGAGCAUCCAGGACCGCAUCGGCUGGAACCCGCAGCAGAGCGUGAACGCCCCGAAGGCGGCGCCGCCGAAGAACCUGGGCGUGGCAGAGCCGAACAAGACGCUGUUCGUGGAGAACCUGCCCCCCGAGGCCACCGACACUAUGCUGUCUAUGCUCUUCAGGCAGUACCCUGGGUUUCAGGAGGUGCGCCUGAUCCCCGGCCGGAACGUCGCCUUCGUGGAUUACCAGAACGAGUACCAGGCCGGCAUGGCCAUGCAGGGACUGCAGGGGUUCGCGAUGACCCCCGAGGUCAAGCUCGCCCUCAGCUACGCGAGGAAGUGA